ACCUACAAUGACUUCUAUGGAGCUCGGGAUUACCCUGUUGUGAAGUACUUGCGAAGACCCUUGUAUUUUGAGGUAGAGCUCCUGUACAGCAGGGAUCCACAGGCUGAAUUGUUUUUGGAGAACUGCUGGGCAACCUAUUCUGUUGACAGGAAUAGCUCUCCAAAGUGGGAUGUUGUUGUGGACAGCUGUGAGAACUCUGCAGAUGAGUACUUGACCAUCUUUCACCCAGUCUCCAGCAAUGCAAGAGUGCUGUUCCCUUCCCAUCUGAAGAGGUUUGAAGUGAAAAUGUUUUCCUUCACAAGCGGCCGGGAUGCAAUGAAAGGACAGAUUUACUUCCACUGCAGUGUUGUGAUAUGUGAUUCAAACCGGCCAUCAGACAGCCUCUGUAGCAGACGGUGCAUUCCAGGGAAACAGAGGCUUGGUCGCAGUGCUGAAGGGAUGGAUGGUGGUGCAAAGGCGUUUGUGUCUUCUGGCCCAAUUGAGCUGAAGAGAGAUGGAUCCCUUCACUUUAUGCCUAGAAGCGCCCAAUUCAAUGUGUGGUCCCUUCUGGGAGCUGCAGGAUGUGUGUGUUCAGUGGUUAUCUUCAUAGCUGGAGUUGUAUCUUUCUGGAAACUGCCAAAAAGUGUGUAUUGAUAAAUAACAAUCUUGCUUGUAAAAGCUUAUUUUUUUGUGCUUGAUUAAUUCUACACUUGAUAUGUCAGAAUGGCCAUGUCAAUGGGAUUUCCUCCUCCUUGCAGUAUCAAAUGCUUUGAUUUGCCCUGAUCAGGCCAUUCUCAAUAUGGUGUGUUACUCAAGGACCCUUCACUAAUUCACUGUGUGAACCCGGGGGCAAAGACUUUCCUCCUCCAAUGAGCUGUAACCCUAUUUUUAUAUUUAACAGUAACAGGGCAAUUACUAUACCUUCAGUUAUUUAGCAUGAUAAAAUUUAUGGAAGAAACCCACCCCCUCAUUUGUCCCUUUUAUUAAAUAUGUAUUGGGUAACAAUUUUCAUAUAAAUUCUAUUUCAGUAUACAAUUUAUACAUUGUCUUGAACCAGGCUUCAACAAGAAAUAAACUAGAGCCCUGCUUCACUGAUUUAAGAAUAUAUGUUUAACUGUUAA